GCCGAGAAGCGAAGUUGGCAAGCCGAGCAACGAUUGUUAAUGACAAAAAAAGACUAAAAAAUAUAUUUAGUGUCGGAGGUAAUGUUAUACUAACGCCGCCUAGAGUAAUUUAUCUCCAUCGUAAGAUGCGAAUACCACAUUACGGCAUUCGCGAGCGGUAGUUGUGUUUUUUCUGUUCAUAAGUAUCCCUGCAACGCCAGUAGACAUGGCUUCUGUUGGGUACACCUCAUCGUUUCCCUCCUUCACCAUUCCGUCCGCAUGCAAACCAUGGGUAGACAGUGAUACGAGGUAUCUUUUCACAUUACAAGGCUCCCAAUAACAAAGAUUUGCAUACGACGUCAAGUGGUAAUUGCACAGACGACGCCUCUUACGUACCACUGCGUAUGAGUCACCUCGCACACCACACAAUACAACGAACUAGACGAAGCGUGAACGUCGCUUUGCCGCGCCUUCCGGAACAAGGCUUACAAUCCCCCGGAUAUAUACCCGUGAGAGCCGCGAGCUGCGCCCCCUGGAUCUUAUCAAUCUGAUAAAACUGAACACCCUUAACCAACAUCACCACUCCAACAUCCGCCAUCUACGCCAACAUGGCAGUACAACUCAUUGUUAUAUCGGGCCGUGCAGGCUCUGGGAAAACAUCUGUAGCAAAUGAAAUGUCACAAAUGCUGAAGCGCCAAAAUAUCAGCCACGCUCACAUUGACGGCGACAAUCUGGACGCAAUGUACCCAGAAGAGCCUGCGGCGGACAUGCUGCUACCUAACCUUGCGGCGAUGUGGGCAAACUACUACCAUUUGCGCGGAGUCACACGGCUUAUUCUUUCAGGUACAGCAGUUGUACUGGAAAUGGAACGGGUUAAAAAGGCUAUUGAGUGGGCUUGUCGCGAGACAUAUCACCCGCAGGGUGUCCUCUUAUGGAAAACCAACGUUAUGCCGCCGGCGCUAGUGGAUGGGAGAGCCUUUAUUCUAGUCGUGCCAGACACAGUGGCUGCUGAGAGGCUUCGAAAAAGAGAAGUCGGGAGCGAACUGGACUCUUUGGUGAAAAGCGGCCGUAAGAUGGCAAAGGUGCUGGAAGAGGAUGUGGGCGGCUGGGCCAGAAGAGUACAUACGGAUAACGAGACGGUCAGGACGGUUGCCGGAGAUAUUUUAAAGACGGCUGGCUGGAUUUAGGGAAUGGUGGCAUACAUGCAUCUUCUUAUGAAACGACUCUACUCAAUUCGGAUUUCGGCGUACUGGUAACCGGCGCAUAUGGGCAUAGGAAUAGCAUUAGACCUCUGGGU